GGUACCGAUUACUACCUAGCUGCUGUUGCCAUCCCCUAGAUCCGCUUCGCAGUCAUCGCGAGCCUCCGCUCUACGGUCGAGCAAUCAAAAUCCCAGCGCCGCCUCUGCCUCUUCACCGGCGAUUUAGCUUGAAACUUCGGCGUCCGGAAUCAAGCAAGCGAGGAUGUUGCCUGUCUCGCGAGUGAUCUCUUCCUCCUUCAAAUCCCUCAUUUCGCUGCAGAACCACCAGUUCCUCCAGCGAUUCCCCGUCAGCGGUACCGCCAAGGGCAAGGCUAAGAGCAAGACUGGGCAGCCGCUUAAACGCUCCACCAUCCGAAUCAAGAAGGCGGGUGCCCCCCCUGGCGAUGCUCCCAGCGGCGGUCGCUCUAACAAAGAAGCUGAGAACCGCGUCAAGCGCAUGAUGGAGGCCUGCCUCAAUGCGCCCACCCCUGUCCGCUAUCUCACUGCCAAGGACCGCCUCCGUGAAGCCGAGCGCGAGAAGCUCGGUCUCAUUUCCAAGGACCGCCAGCGAGAGAUCGAUCAGGCGAAGGCCGCUGCCAAGGCCGGCAAGGCUGCCGUCGAAGAGGAGCCGGUCAUCAUGGGUGCGCCUGGCCUCGAUUAUAUUACUCUUGGCCUUGUCGACAAAGAGGCCAUCCCCAAGUACGAGCUUACCGUCGAGGAUGGCCGCCGGCUUGCCAAGGAGUACAGUCGGCACUUGAUGCGGAAGCACCGAGCUAGGCAAGCGGCAGAGACUGCGUUCUUGAAGCUAAAGAAGGAGGCCAUCGCCGCGCUGCCCGACCACCUCCAGAAAGCUGCAUUGGUCCCAGAUUUGACACCUUUCCCUGCUAAUCGCUUCAUGGCCACGUUGACGCCGCCUAUUGAAGGAUACAUUGAGAAGGUUAGGGACGCUGCCAAACAGUUUUCAGGAAAAGAGAAGAUGCGUUGAAUGGAUCACAUGGCAGUUAUAAGCAGAAUAAUAUAUGUGGAAAUGGGCGAUGGUGGAAGCUAGAGCUUCACAAGCAAUUGGUUUCCGUUGGCAACUAUCCUAGCUUCAGUAUUUUCUCAUCUUAGCUUUAGUAUUGAACUUUGUUUUGAGGGAGGAGGAACAUAACAUGACAGUACAAUUAUCUUUAACCCACUUUUGGACACAUUUGCAAUCUUGUAUGUGUUGUAUUCGGUCAGGUUAAAGUUAUAGAGGAUGGCCUUAUCUUGCAUCAGCAAGGAAGACGAGACACUGCUUUUCUUCACAGUGAUUCUUAUUGAGCUUCUAUACUACGCCUGUAUGAUUGAGCCGGCGUAGGUUCAAA